CCAUCUCCUGUUUAGCUCUCUCCAUCUUUCUGUCUUGAGAUUGAUCACCCUGCCACUGCAUUGCUGCUUCUUUUCCGCAUUAUAGUCGACUCCCUCCUUGCAUCGUCCGCCUCAGAAGCUCCGCUUGUUUACAGCGGCUAAUUACGGACAGUCUUGCCGCCUUCCAGACCCUGGACCAGAGUCCACGUCUUCUUAGUCUCCCUCUUCCCUGCACUCUUAUUUGAUGCAUCUGCAGCCUGGUCGCAUCUGAGAACGUGGCGUCUCGCAAUCUCACUUGCCCGGAUCUUUGAUUUUUCCUGUAGACUUGAUUUUGAUUCGAUUGUGUUGCCUGGUCUUUUUUCCUUUCCCUAUCUCCCUCCCUCCCCCUCCUACCUGGAUUGCGCUUUUUCGAGCUCAACAAAAGCUUCUUCGCAUUCGAGUCCCACUCCAGCUUGACGGGAUGAUACCGGGUGGUGUCUGAAUUGGCAGACUGAUUCCCUUUCGGCAAAGCAUGAGAGAUGUCAAGAUCCGCAACGCCUGCGCUCCCUUUGCAUAAUGCUCAGGCUUCCCCAAGACCGCGUUCGACCACUCCCGCCGGACUGGCGAGCUCGUCGUCUCCGUCUACUUCCACCUCGACAUACUCGCUGCUAGACCCUGAGGAAACCGCCGAGCGCCUUCAAACCUCCCUCCUUCAUGGCCUCACCCCGGUCGAGGCCGAGAUCCGAUAUUUACGAGAUGGACCGAACGAACUCCCCCACGAAGAACCGGAACCCCUAUGGCUUCGCUUUCUCAAACAGUUCCGCGAGUCCCUGAUCCUCCUGCUCCUGUCGUCCGCCGCCAUCUCCUUCUUGAUGGGCAAUUACGAUGAUGCCGUCAGCAUUACGCUUGCCGUGACGAUCGUUGUCACCGUGGGGUUCAUCCAGGAGUAUCGGUCGGAGAAGUCUUUAGAAGCAUUGAGCCGUCUCGUCCCACACCACGCGCAUCUAAUCCGCGACAUUCCUACCCCGGACACGCCCGUGGUGGCCCACCCAACCGCGCCCACCGGCGCCGUUGAGGAGCUGGAAAUGCAGGAAGUGGGAAGCCGGAGCCCUGGGGCGGCCUCGGCGGCGCUCAAGGCGGCCUCCACCGUCCCCGCCAAUGAACUCGUGGCCGGGGACCUGGUCCUGUUUGCGGUGGGGGACCGAAUCCCGGCCGACAUCCGGAUCACGACGGCCACCGACCUGACGGUCGACGAGUCGAAUCUGACGGGUGAGAACGAGCCCGUCGUCAAGUACCCCCAUGCGGUCCGGAGCCCGAAGAACCUCGCAGUGCAUGAGCCCAAGAUCGUCAGCCCGCCUCGAUCACCGUUCUACGACGCCCCCGCCACCGGCGCCGUGGGCGCGGAUAUCCGGUUGAACGAACAACACAACAUCGCGUUCAUGGGCACCCUGGUCCGGUCCGGAUACGGACAGGGCAUCGUCAUCGGAACCGGCGCCAAGACCGAGUUCGGCAGCAUUUCGGCCUCGCUGCAAGAGAUUGAAAGCCCCCGCACGCCCCUGCAGGUGUCCAUGGACCGUCUGGGUCAGGAACUGAGCUACGUCUCCUUUGGCGUCAUCGCCCUGAUCAUGGUCAUCGGGUUGAUCCAGGGCCGACAGAUCCUGGACAUGUUCACCAUCGGGGUGUCCCUCGCCGUCGCUGCGAUCCCGGAGGGCCUCCCGAUCAUCGUGACGGUGACGCUCGCCCUGGGCGUGCUGCGCAUGGCCAAGCGGGGGGCGAUCAUGCGGCGUCUCCCCAGCGUCGAGACGCUGGGCUCGGUCAACGUCGUCUGCAGCGACAAGACGGGGACCCUCACCAUGAAUCACAUGACGGUCACCAAGAUGUGGCAUUUCGACUGCGCGGAUCCGUUCGAAGUCCACCACGACAUCAGCUCCUUGACGCCGGGGCCCGCCGCUCGCACGAUCCUUCGGGUCGGCAACAUCGCCAACAACGCCCGGCUCUCGCGGGUCCACGCGAACUCCCCCGCCAGCGCCUCGUCCGCCGCCGUGCUGUCCUCCACGGACGACCGGGCGUCGGGGUCCAUCCGCAGCCGAUGGGUCGGCCAACCCACCGACGUGGCGAUUCUGGACCUUCUCGACACUUUCGGGGAGGAUGACGUGCGCGAUCGGAUCUGCGCCCGCGUGGCGGAGACGCCAUUCAGCUCGGAACGGAAGUGGAUGGGUGUGAUCAUCGGCAGCGGCACGCCGGGUGACUCGAUGUCGCUGGCCUCGCCCGGCGGCACCAACAUUGCAUACAUCAAGGGCGCUCUGGAGCAGGUCUUGAAGCGGUGCGACACGUACCUGACCAAGGACGGGCGCGAAGUCAUCCUGGACGAGCCCCGGCGUCAAGCCGUGCGACACGCCGCCGAGCAGAUGGCCUCUGAAGGACUUCGCGUGCUAGCCUUCGCCAGCGGAGCGGUGCGCGACCUAUCACGCGGACGCCCUCUUGGCAGCCGAUCGGCCACGCCCCAUUCGGGGACCAGCCGCAGUGGCAGCGGCAGUGACAACGACGACCAGUACAACGGGUUGGUCUUUUCUGGAUUGGUGGGGAUGAACGACCCGCCACGAAAGGACGUCCACAAGUCCAUCCGGCGCCUCAUGGCAGGCGGAGUGCGGAUCAUCAUGAUCACGGGCGAUGCGGAGACGACGGCCGUGGCCAUCGCCAAGCAACUGGGGAUGCCGGUCAACGACACGCCGGGGUCGCGGCAGGUGAUGAACGGGGAGGAUAUCGACCGGAUGAACACGGAGGAGCUGGCGCAGGCGAUCGCGUCGACGGCGAUCUUCGCGCGCACGAGUCCAGACCACAAGAUGAAGAUCGUGCGCGCGCUGCAGGCGCGCGGAGACGUGGUGGCCAUGACUGGUGACGGGGUGAACGACGCGCCGGCGCUGAAGAAGGCGGAUAUCGGCAUCUCGAUGGGCAAGCUGGGCACGGAUGUCGCCAAGGAAGCGGCGGACAUGAUCCUGACGGACGACGACUUCUCGACGAUCCUGCGGGCGAUCGAGCAGGGCAAGGGCAUCUUUUACAACAUCCAGAACUUCAUCACCUUCCAGCUGAGCACCAGCGUGGCGGCGUUGAGUCUGGUGUUGCUCAGCACGACACUAGGCUUCAAGAACCCGCUAAAUGCGAUGCAAAUCCUAUGGAUCAACAUCCUCAUGGACGGUCCCCCCGCCCAAUCCCUCGGCGUCGAGCCCGUCGACCCAUCAAUCAUGCACCGACCGCCCCGACCGCGCACGGCACGAGUGCUCACAAAGCCCCUCAUCCGGCGCGUCCUCACCUCCGCAUUCAUGAUCAUGCUGGGAACCCUCGCAAUCUACGUCUACGAGAUGGGCGACGUCGACGACGGCGUCACCCCCGGAAAAAUGUCCCGGGUAGUCACAGCCCACGACACAACCAUGACCUUCACGUGCUUCGUGCUCUUCGACAUGUUCAACGCGCUGACAUGCCGCAGCGAAGGCAAGUCCGUGCUGCGCGGCGAGCUGCCGCUCUUCGGAAACAAGAUGUUCAACUACGCGGUGCUGGGAUCCCUCGCGGGCCAGGCGUGCGUGAUUUACCUGCCGUUCUUGCAGAGAGUGUUCCAGACGGAGGCGCUGAAUGUAGCGCAUCUGUUCAAGUUGGUGUGUAUCUCGAGUUCAGUGUUUUGGGUCGACGAGGCGAGGAAGUAUUAUCGCGUUGUGCAGCGGAGGAGGACUGUGGGAGCUGGGUAUAGUAUGAAUGUUUAGCUUAGUUUCUGGUGUAUAUUCCUGUAUAGAUGGGGGAGAAGAAGAAGAAGAAGAAUCGGUGCAUAGCGGUUGUAUAUGAAUGAUAAUAAAUAAUGGAGAUACGUUAUGUUAGCCUUGCACCUUACUUCUUCGGAAUGGUCGAGACAAUGGAUCGUCAAUCAAUCGAUGGAUCCUCCCUCCCCGCACACUAAGUAGUCUCCAUCCUUGCUGCAGGAUUAGUCCCAUCCGAACAUGGCAUCAUAUCAGACCUAGAUUGUGUCUGUACCGGUCUCUCGGGGACGCGCCCCACUUACGAGAGGGGGUCUUAGUAGGUAGGUACUGGGUAGUGCAUUAGGUAUGUACUAGGUGGCUGAUAAGAUGGAUAGACCGGUGGGUAUGGAAUCGAGACUAGCUGGGGUGUUGGUAUGUGGGGUUGAUGUGUAGACGUGGUGGUGGUGGUGAUGGUGGUGUAUAUUAGGGCGACG